UCCGCUCACGCACAGCAGACACAGCAGAGGUGAAGGAGCGCCUGGUUUGGACUGCAGAGCGGAGAAUAUGCGCUCACUUUUCGGACUUAUAGCUGUAGUUUCUACAGCCAGCCUGUAUUUGUAUUUACUUUCCCAGUAUCUCCCCUCUGCACCUCGGCGACGUCCUCCUCCCGCUGCUGAAGUUGAACAUGUGGAGACAGAGUCUUUGCAGGAGCCAGCGGACGAGCCGAACAGAUUAAAGUUCCCGUCAGACCUGGAGGAGCUGAGGGAGCUGGCUGAGCUGCUGCAGUUCUAUAAGACAGAGCACACUGGAUAUGUCCUGCUACUGUUCUGCAGCGCAUAUCUUUACAAACAGUCCUUUGCCAUUCCAGGCUCCUCAUUCCUGAACAUUCUGGCGGGGGCUAUAUUUGGACUCUAUGAAGGCCUUUUUCUCGCCUGCCUGCUCACUACAGUGGGCUCCACUCUGUGCUACUUCCUGUCCCAAGCUUUUGGAAAACGUUAUAUUGUCAGCUUCUUUCCUGACAAAGUCUCCACACUGCAGAAGAAGGUGGAGGACAAUCAGGAUUGCUUGUUCUUCUUCUUACUCUUUCUGAGGUUCUUUCCAAUGACGCCCAAUUGGUUCUUGAACAUGGCUGCUCCCAUUGUCAAUAUCCCUAUCACCUUCUUCUUUGGUUCUGUCCUCAUUGGUCUGCUGCCCUAUAACUUCAUCUGUGUCCAGACAGGGGUGAUGUUGUCCGAGCUGACAUCUCUGGAUGACUUGUUUUCCUGGGAGUGUCUGCUGCAGCUCUUGGUCAUUGCCUGUGUGGCUCUGCUUCCCGGUGCACUCAUCCGCCACUUCAGCCAGAGGAGGCUCAAACUAGAUGUCCCAGCAUGUAAUGGGAUAGUGGACAAAAAGGUCCAGUGAAAAUGUUGUGCUCUGGACUUUUGGACUUGAAUGUUUUUAAUGUAUGUCUCCUGGAAACCUUUGUUAUGGGUUUUAUUCAACGUUUACAUUGAAGCACACAACAGGAAAGAGAAGUGGAGAGGUGAGAGAAGGAUUUUGAACUGUAUAUUUAUGCACAAAUGUUGGCUCUUCUACAGCCAUUAUAUGCCAAGGAAACUGGAUGUGUAUACCCAUGUGUACAGUAAAAUAAGAGAAUGUUUGUGGAAAUUUUCUACAUUACCGAACGUUUGGUAUUUUCGUUGAAAGUGUUUUAAAGUGCCUGUCAUGCAGCAAUGGACUCUUGCCUUCUACCUCAGGCUCAGUUAAGAGGCACUUGUCAUAACCCAUAUUAGAGUUCAGGGGAGGGUGGGGUUAUAUGAGGUACAUGUUAGUUUGGACUGACUAUAGCUAAACUGAGAGCCAUUAUCACUUUUAUGUGAAACCAAAACAAAUAUUUGGACCAAAAUUAUUUCUGAAAGUAUUUGUGCUCGUUCAGAAUUGCAGGUGUGAAGAUGCAACACAUUUUAAUUAAACAGUCAAACAGUUAAAAAAAGUUUGUUCUUCAACAAAUUGUUCUUGUUGUUGGCUCCACUAUCAGUUUCUGUUCCUCCCUUUGACUUUUAAAGACUGACUGGCCAAGUCAGUGAUUCCACUACAUAGUUUGUUAGGCAUGGUAAAUUUGUUCUUGUGUUUUUUGCUUUGACAAAUAAAAAAAACAACUUAUUUGUAAAUGACCCACCAUUCACUGAUUGGAGCCCACUGCUGUAUUUGGAUACAUAAUGCCAUGUGAGUAAUUUGUGACAAAGGCUUUGUGAUUCUUGUGGUUGUCUUCAUGUCCUACCUGCUGGAUUUGUCUUUGAAAAGUCAAUAUGUUUUUACAGUGGAAUUCAAUGAGCAUUUGAGCCUUUAAUUUACUCAAACUUAUUAGAAGUGGUUUCUUUUAAGACAAAUAGUGUAAAAAGCUAUUGCUUAUUUAGCUGACAUGUUUCGGCGGCAGGACUUUCUAACAUGUCGAAACAUGUCAGCAAAAUAAGUGUAACCUUUUUAUUUAUAUUAUUAGAAAAUGCAGAGUUUGUUAUAAAAAGAAGACAAAAUUAAUUUUCUAAACAUAACUUUAAUUAUACUCACUUAUUUGCAAUAUUUGUCUAUUUUUGGCCUUUACAUUUCAGCAGACCCUUGAGUUUUCUGUAAUAUAUUACACAUUUGGGCUGUGAAAUUUGUGGUAUGAAAUAUCACAAAUGGUGUAACACCUUUUGAGGUGAAAAUAUUGAAAUAAAACAGAAAGCCAACGCAAUUCUU